AUGCUUCAAGAUCCAAACGGUGUUAUUCGCAUUUGGGGAACCGGCUACUAUGAUAAGAUACAACGAGAAGGUGAGUUUUAUGUCUCUGCUCAGAGACAUAUGCUCAAGAACAAGGUUAGGCGACAGUUUGAAGAAUUUCGAGCGGCCAUAGACCUAUCGUUAGAUGAGCGUCGAAAACGUCUGUUGGUGAUGCUCCAAACGGAAGAUCGAAAAAAUCACGAGUUGAGUCGUCUGGAAUUGGAAGACGAACGUCUUCUGCACCACGAGGAAACAAUGAAAGAAGCAACAGCUCGGAGAGAAGAACUGGAAAAUAAAGAAUGCGGACUUUCAGACACUAGACGGCAUGUGCUUUUUGCACAGUCCUGUGUUCCUUAUAGACAAUACGUAAUAGAAAAGCACGCCAGGGAGGUUGCCGAGGAUCGCAAAGAAAUAACGAGAUAUGAAGAAUGGGACAGACUAUGCCAGGAGAGAGACGCCGAAUUCGCAGAAAAACAGAAACCACAUUUUGAAGAGCAGCUCGAACGGGAGGAUGAAGGGACUCGAAAAUUGAGGCAACGUACAUCUGACGAAAUAAAAAGUUCUUAUAGAGAUUUCAUAAAACGGCUGCAAAGUAAAGAAGAUGAUAAAAGGUUUAGAUAUAGUGAAGAACAGAGGAGACCAAGAACAAUCCUAGAAGUUCAAGGGAUUGAAGAAGAAAGUGCUGAAGAGAAAAUAAAACUGAAGGACGAACUGCUCAAAAACGUGAAGCAAGGCGUUGAUGCCCUGAAAAAAUCUAGGGACGAAGAAAAACAAAAAGAGAAGCUUGUUGAAGCGUUCUGCAAUAAAAUAAUGGUAACAGACUGUGAACAUGCUACAGUGAAAAAAGAAGCUCUUCGAGAGGAACAACUGCAAUUCAUGCGGUACCAGAAACGAAAAUCGAUAAACGAGAAAUCAUAUAAUCAGUGUAUUGAUAAAUUACACAGGGAUGUGUACACUGAAAAACGGUUACAAGAACAAAGACAAAGAAUUAAGAAUAAGGAAAAACAAACCAUGUUUAUGAAGGAGGUUGAGGACUUUCGCAAAGCCGUCAGUCUUAGAAAAAAAGAGGAAAAAGCAGCCGAACAAGAAUUAGAAACCGAAAUCCCUCGAAUUGUUGGGAAAACAGUAAAGCGUGAAAAUGAACUUUUGUUGGAAAAAGAAAAGGAACGACACCGACGUUCAACACAGUAUGCUCUUGACCUUUCAGGACAACAAGGCUAUGAUUUUUCCGUGCAUAAUCGAUUGAGAGAAAUAGAACUUGAAAGAGAAAAGAAAGCUAUGACUGAGGCUGAAGUUAAAUAUCAGGAACUAAUGAAAGAAGUUAUGCUGUGUACUGCUCCCAAACGGAAUAAUCAGCCUUUGCAUUGA